CAUUUCAUUCCUGCUCUCAUUCCGAGCAUUCUUCGCAUCUCUAUCGGUGCGGCGGAGAUUCACGUUCACAUUCCCGGCCGGCCCCAAAACACAAGAAUAACUUUACACAGUUUGCAAAAAACUAUACAAACCCACACUAGAACAAAACAAAGGGGCCGAACUUAAAUUUUGAUAUAAAUAAAGCGGACGUUAAGUUGGCUACGCUGCACAUUUCGGAGCGGUGCACAAAUAUAUCGAGGAGAGACUUGUUGCUCGCGUAUCUUUGGCGUUUAUUCUCCAACUUCUGUUCAGAUCUCACCCGAUUCACCCUAGUUUGCUCCAGGCUUCGGCUUGGAGGUCCCAACCGCCACCAUUGAUCCCAGCAGCUGGAGUGGCAGUGAAAGCUCUGCCGAGGAUAUUGAGAGGAUGAGCGACUCAGCAGACAAGCCCAUUGACAAUGAUGCUGAGGGGGUGUGGAGCCCUGACAUAGAGCAGAGCUUCCAGGAGGCACUGGCCAUCUACCCACCCUGUGGACGCCGCAAAAUUAUCCUCUCGGAUGAGGGCAAGAUGUAUGGUCGGAAUGAGCUGAUCGCCAGAUACAUUAAACUCAGAACUGGGAAGACAAGGACACGGAAACAGGUGUCUAGUCACAUACAGGUCUUAGCAAGAAAGAAAGUUCGAGAAAUCCAAGCUGCCAUCAAGGUGUCUAGUCACAUUCAGGUUCUUGCCAGAAGGAAAUCUCGUGAAUUUCAUUCCAAGCUAAAGGUGACAAGCAUGGAUCAGAGCGUGAAGGACAAAGCUCUUCAGAGUAUGGCCUCCAUGUCCUCAGCUCAGAUCGUCUCUGCAACAGCCAUCCACAACAAACUGGGUCUUCCGGGCAUCCCGCGUCCUGCUUUCCCCGGAGCAGCAGGGUUUUGGCAGGGCAUGAUAUCCACGGGCCAGCCUGGAUCCUCACAAGACAUCAAGCCAUUUGCCCAGCAAGCAUACCCUAUCCAGCCAGCAGUCACAACUACAAUCUCAAGUUAUGAGCCCGCGACAGCACCGGCGCCUACAGUUCCUGCCUGGCAGGGCCGAUCUAUCGGCACAUCUAAACUCAGACUUGUGGAAUUCUCUGCUUUUCUGGAGCAUCAGAGAGAUCCGGAUUCUUAUAACAAGCAUCUUUUUGUGCACAUCGGUCAGACAAAUCACUCUUACAACGAUGCCUUGCUCGAGUCGGUGGACAUUCGUCAGAUUUACGACAAAUUCCCUGAGAAGAAAGGAGGGCUGAAGGAAUUGUUUGGCAAGGGUCCUCAGAAUUCAUUCUUUCUCAUAAAGUUCUGGGCUGACUUAAAUUGCAACAUUCAGGAUGAAACCGGGGCCUUCUAUGGAGUGACCAGUCAGUACGAGAGCCCGGAGAACAUGACCAUCACCUGCUCCACAAAAGUUUGCUCGUUUGGCAAACAGGUUGUGGAGAAAGUGGAGACGGAAUACGCUCGCUUUGAGAACGGCCGCUUUGUUUACCGGAUAAGUCGGUCUCCCAUGUGUGAAUACAUGAUCAACUUCAUCCACAAACUCAAACACCUGCCUGAGAAAUACAUGAUGAACAGCGUCCUGGAGAACUUCACCAUCUUAUUGGUGGUAACAAACAGAGACACACAGGAGACCCUGCUGUGCAUGGCCUGUGUGUUCGAAGUGUCAAACAGCGAGCACGGAGCCCAGCAUCACAUCUACAGACUAGUGAAGGAAUGAAGCAGCUCUUUCACACAGACUCUCGACCUCAGUAAAGUGGCAGUGCCUCUAGCUCAACACUCACUCAAGAUGAUUUUCAGUCACACUUGGGUGAUGCUUCUAAUUAUAUAUAUAUAUAUAUUUCUUUAUUAAUAUGUGUUUGACGUUUAACUGCAGCUGUGAAUGGCGGUACAGUUGUAUUAUGUUUAAAUACAGGAAAGAAUGUCAAAGAAUGCCGAUUCAACAUUCAUUUGUAGACUAUACAUAUAAAGUGACAGUAUCGUUCAACUUAAGGGUUGGGCUGAGUUAGGCUGAAUCUGAAAACAACCUCAUUUCGAUUUUUUUAUUUUCUUUUUUAAAGGGUUAGUUCAGCCAAAAUUGAAAUUUCUGUCAUUAAUUACUCACCCUCAUGUCGUUCCACACCCGUAAGACCUUCAUUCAUCUUCAGAACACAAAUUAAGAUAUUUUUAAUGAAAUCUGACAGGUUUCUGAUCCCCAAGAGAAAGCAACAUAAUUACCACUUUCAAGGUCCAGAAAAGUAGUAAAAACAUUGGUAAAAUAGUCCAUGUGACUACAGUGGUUCAACCUUAAUGUUAUGAAGCGACGAGAAUACCUUUUGUGCACUAAAACAAAACAAAAAUAACAACUUUAUUCAACAAUUUCCUCUCUUCCCUGUCUCCUACACUGUUGACAUUGUAAACACAGUGCAGCGCACAAAAAGUAUUCUCGUAUUCUCGUAUUCAGGACCUUGAAAGUGGUAAUUACGUUGGGGAUCAUAAACCUUUCAGAUUUCAUCAAAAACAUCUUAAUUUGUGUUCCGAAGAUGAACGAAAGUCUUACGGGUUUGGAAAAGCAUGAGGGUGAGUAAUUAAUGACAGAAAUUUCAUUUUUGGGUGAACUAACCUUUUAAAUCCUGUAAUGUACACAAAAGAUAUGGGUGCAGCCAUAAAUGUGUGUGUGAGUGGGAUGUAGGUGUACAGAUGUAUUUACAUUCUCACAGGUAUUUUUCCCAAAGAAAAAGUAUUUGAUAAAAUUUAAUUCUGUAACAUUGAUUUAUUGAAAAGAAAGCUACUGUAGGUGUUAAAAAAAAAAAAAAAAAAAAAAAAAAAGGAUUCUUGUGGCCAUCGGAAAACAAAAGUUCCUGCAUUCCGAACAUUCAGAGAAUUCAGGGAAUUCAGAAGCCCAGCCCUUGAAAAGAGUUACUUUUUACAUGCUACUUUUUCAAUUUCGUUGAGGAAUUCCUGCACUGUGAUACGAGAAGUUUAUACCAACCUGUGUCUGUUUUCACGUGUCCCCACCUGCAAUAAGAAAAUGCAGAGAAUUAACCCUUACUGUUGACUGUACAGCUAAACGCCUCCUGCCAACAUGCUUGUGUAAAAGAUAACUCUAGAAACAAGAAGCACUGCAUUAACUACCAGGGGUUGAUGGAUUAUCCAUCAGUUUGACCUGAGCACUUGGACCCACUCAUCGGACAUGCCUUCUGCCGCUGGGGAAGCCACAUUUCACAAAGCCCAUCCCUGAACAUGCUGUACACCCAUUCGUCACUCCUUCAUCUUCUGUAAGAAUCAGUCCUGUCCCAGAGUUCUUCGCUGCCUUUGACUUUCCCGCACAGCCCAUGUCUCUGUGGCCUAAUCGAUUUCUAUGACUGCAAGCCUUAAUAAUGUUUGUGUGAACUCCAAAAGAUGCCACUAAAGCUGUGACCUCUUUCCUAAGCUGGAAGACUUUCUUGUUAUUGUCACAUGUUGUAGGAAUUGUACAGUACAAACCUGCCAAAGUGUAACAAUAUACAGCACAGUGCCUUAGUGUAUGAAGUGAACGUGGAUAAGCGCAGUCGUUUUUCGGGAAAAAGUAACACUAAAGGCGCGGUCACAAUUGCUGCUGCUCGGCAAGAUUUUGCAGACGAAAUCCAGUCAAUCUGCACGAUCCACCGUUUCACGUUAGGGUGAAAAUUUUGCUCAUUUGUUUAUGUGAAUUAGACACACUGAUCAACAGAAAGCUGCUUUGUUUGAAAAUAGCUUGAAAUUGACAAUAGACAAUGGACUAUUGUUGGUUGAUCAAGGGUUGCAUUGAAAGCUGCCCGCAUUCUCCACCAUUUUUGUCCUCGAAAUUUCGCUGCAAUUUUGCAAAUGUGACCGCACCAUAAGAUCGUACAUGUCAUCUUUAUAAAAAAGCACUGGCCAUUUGUUUAGCCUUUCACUCUCAGAGACACAUAGAAGACAUAUUUAGACAGUACAGUACGUAAAGUAUCUGAUUUUGCCUUUCUUAUCCGAAAAAGACCAAAAAGUUGGAGACGCAUUGAGCUCCUCUUUAUUUCCUGCACUGUAGCAUGAAAGUGCCUUUGGUUCCGAUUUUUCCAGCUUAGAAAAGACUGAUAUUAUUUUGCAUUUUUAAGAUUAUCAAAAACCAAAAAAGUGGAUGUAGGUAAAAUAUUCACCACAUUGCCUUCAUAAAAAUUUUAUAGAAAAAUCAACAUGGGCUAGUGAGUGGAGAUGUUCUGAAAUGAAUUUAUGUAAUAAUUAUAAAUAACAAAUUUCUAUCAGCAUUUGAUUUGGUGGAUGUGGCAAACUGUCAUGUUUUUGUUUUUGUUUUGUUUUUUUUCUUUCAAUGGAUCUUCGGAUCCAUUCUGUGAGAGACUUAUCUGACAUAGAGCUUUAGCGACUUUUCUAGUGCAUAAUCAAAUUGUAAAAGUGAAAAACCUCAUAGCACCAUGGAGAUUAUGAAUGCUGAAUGGUGUUUCUUUUUUUCCUUUUUUUCUUGUUUUAAGCCAUUUCAAUGUCUUAUUUUUCUUUCGUGAAUAUAGCAAACACUAUAUUAAGUGACGUAAAGGUGUUUUUCUCCUCAGACCUUAAAGAUAGUCAAGGAUAUUAACCGCAAGGUCACAUGUAAGUUCUUUACGGACAAAGCUGGCUUCACCAAACCACAUAAUUUAUUCAUGCUGUUCAUUUAAAUGGAUGGAACCCUCCAAGAGUGAAAGACUAAGAUUUACAGCUGUGUAUGUUGUACCGCUUAAAGUAAACUGUGGAGUUAAGUACGCUCAAUAUCAAAAUGGCAAACAAUGUUGAUUGUUUUGUGUUUGCCUUACCUUCGCCCUCUUGUUCACGUUUCAUAUAGAGAUCUUCCUGUAUUGUUCUACAUGUACGUGAUGGUUUUGUGAUGACGUCAGUAUAUUCAGAGCCCGUUCGGGUGGUGAUACUGUUACUGCUGCGCUGCUGGUGCAUCUGCUCCUUAACGGUCCCCUUUACUUCUCUAGGGAUUUGAGAACUAAUGCCUUUAAUAUGAUGAAUGUUAAAUGGACAUUAUUUUGCUAGUAAUGGACACUAAAUAAGGAUUUAAGCGGAAUCCGGACUGCGGUAUGACAGCAGUUUAGCUUAUGUUUUUUGAUCUAUGUUUGUAUUUUGUCUGUGUGUAGGUACUGGUACCUCCUAUGUUCAUUACCAUUUAAGAUGUUGGCUUUAAAGUGAACUUUUCUCUAGUUCAGAUAGUAUCAUAUAAAGAUAUUGGGUUUGUGUGCAGAGAUUUUUUGUAAAAAGGUGCUUUGUAUAAAAUUAUAUAUUCUGGCUUUUCUUGGUACAAAGGUGUGAUAUCUUUUAAUAUCCCUGAUGAUGGGGGGGGGGGGGGGAGGGAAACAUUGGAGCAAGGCUGAGAGAGAAAAGAAAAAAACUUAUUAUGUGUGUGUUCUUUAUCGCAUAUGGUCUUGUCUUUGCUCCGUAACAUUUUGAUGCCGCCUUGAUAAAGUGGUAGAUAUUUUGUAGCUUUCUAGAUACUUUGUAUGUAUACAAUAUUGAAUAAAAUAAAUAAUUAAAACACA